GUCUGUCUGGGUGUCACAGAGCUGCGCUUCGAGCCGCUGGAGGUUCAGUCGGCUCUUCGGCUGUGCGUCACGACCCGCUCGCGUCUUCCUCGUCUUCUUCUACGGUUAAACGUCCUGUUUGACGCGGGCUCGUUCGGGAUCUGCUUGCGUCUGAACAAAUCAUCUCCCUCCAUCGUUUUGUCCACGCGGAAUCGGCUCUGCUUGGAGCGUCUGCUGCGCGCAUUUACGCACCGCCGGGCGCAACACGUGCAGCCUGAAAACGAAGAUCUGCGGAGUCAUCCUCAGGAAUUCCUCUCCUCCUCCUCCUCCUCCUCCUCCUCUUCCUCCUCCUCCUCCUCCUCAUCACCUCGUCGCUCCAGGACUUGGCCCCUGGCCCUGACACUGUUGACGUCUCCAUGGAAACCCUGGCCUCCGUUUGGGCCGGUGACCCCUGUGACCUCAGCGACCUCGGGCAGAAGCGACAGGAGCCUUCGUCUGUGUGGGGCGAGACAAAUCUCAGAGAGCCUCAGUGUGGUUUUAGCAGAUCUCCCCCUGCUGGUCAGAUGUGGUCAGAGCAGCUCUCUCCUCACCUCCAGAGAAACAAACAGCUUCAGGACACUCUGCUGCAGAGGGAAGAGGAACUGGUCAGACUUCAGGAGGAGAACAACAAACUCAGAGAGUUUCUCAGCUCUUCUUUUGUGAGGGACCUGGAACAAACAGCAAAGAAACUUACUGCUGAUGGGAGGAGGAAGCUGAAGAGAAACGUGAUGCAGAUACACGACGGACCUUUCCAGAACUACAGUCAUCCACUCCAAACCUCCCAGCAGGUCAGCAAGAGAGUCUGCAGGAACCUCACUGCCGAGUUCUGCUCUGAGUUCUCCGAGACAUCCGCCUCCUCUUCAGAACCAAACUUGGACCUUUGGGUUCUACGGACGCUGGGACUGAAGGAUCGUGACACCAUUGAUAUAUCCAACAACGACUCCUCUUCCUCGCCUCAGUACAGCCUCAACAGUUUAGUUUAUGAUGCCGCGGUCACCUCUUCCUCGUCUUCUGAAUCCACUCUGACCUCGUCUUUCAGUUCUCCAGUCACCGCUUCUACGCCUUCUUCUGUCAACAACUACUGCCAGUGUUUGACAUAUCAGACUGAUUGUAGGUAUGAUGCUGCCGAAUGCCAAGGAGCAAACUGUUGUCGUCCUGUAGAGUCACCUCAGAACUGCACAACCUCUCCACGUCAGUGCUCUGACUUCACUGCCACUGGACUGAGCAGACAGUGUGAAGCUCCUGAGGCUGUGAGUUACAACACAUUAACUGCCUUCCAGUCUGGACCACCAAGAGCAGAACAGGCCUUCACCCAGUCACCAGACAGAGCAGAGAUCUGUUCCAUCACUGCCUUGAGCCAAGCUCAGACUCUGGAGGGAAAUCAAGCAAAACGUCCUGCUUACUCAUCUACUCUGAGAGGCAGCUGGGCAUCCUCACAGGACAGAAUCCACUUCAGUCCUCAAGGUAAACCCGCCUCUUUUCCCCCCAUCUCGUCGUCCUCAACUCCUGUCGUGAACCCACUCUGGGCACCUGUCUGCAGCCCAGUGCGUCCUUCAGCAGGAUGUCAGCCUCCUGCUACGCCUGAGACGCUCUGCAGUCGCACAGAUUUGGCAUUCAGCAUGUCUCUUAGCCCAUCCAGCAGUGUCAAGACCCACAGCUUCCCCCAGGGACAAGCCUUCAUCAGAAAGGACCCUGAGGGAAGGUGGAACUUCACCUGGGUGCCCAGACAAGGAUCAUAGGAACUCUGAUGGUCUUCCUGCAAAAGGACCACAUUUUGUGUUGACUGAAUACAUGUUCCUGGCAAACCUUAAUGAUUGUAAGUCCACGAUGAACUUGUGUCUGGCUUGUUAGACUUUGUGCUGGACCAAAAAGACAAAAAAGUCCUUAAAAGGGACGGAUCACUUCUCAUUUCUAGCUGCAUGUUUUUACACUGUGAUUCCAUUGUGGCUUCUGGGUGGCUUUACUUGAUUCACAGUCAGAGUUCCUUAUUCACCUCAUACUGGUCCUUUGCAGCACCUCAGUUCCCUGAAAGGAAGCCUAAUGAGGGGCAGUUGGUCUAUAGUUUCCUGAUUUCUUGCUU